CCGUGAUAGGAAUGACGAUCACGUGAACACAGGGUGAUGUAAACAAGGAGACACGUGCCCUGAUCGUGGCCGCGACUUCUGCUCACCGCCUCUGUGCUUAACGCCUCACCGCACGGAGCCUCGCCCCUCACACCAUGCAGACAUACACAUCUAAUAACCACGUCAGUCAGUCGUUAUAAAAGAAGAGUGGUGACGGAAUGCCAAAAAGCAAUGCACAAAAGAAGCUGUCCUUGAGAUAGACUCGGCACAGCAAGCGGACGGAGUUGCCAAGAGGAGCUGUCGGGGAGAAGACAGAGGCAGUGGUGGUGGUGGUGUCGCUCCACUCGACCCCUUACAGCUAUCAUGAGAAGCUAGCAUCUCACUCUCAGCUUCCUCUCGUCCAGCCGUGUUAAUUCGUGUGUACCAGCACUGCCACCACCCUCACCACCAUGGCAGUCAACAUGUACUACUCAUCAGAAAGUUCGGACAGUGAAAAUACUGCAGAAAGCUUCAGCCUGGACUUGUCUUACCUAAUGCUGGACACAGACUCCUUGGUGGUGCACCUCAGAAACAGCAUCAGGGAGCAACACCUGCAGCAGAAAUGUGAGUCUCUCAGAACUAGCAGGAGGAAAGGUGGUGACAGGGGAGGAGAAGGAGGAGGAGGAAGAGGAGGAAGGGAUGAAGAGGGCCCAGAAUCAGAAGACAGCACGGACAGCAUACAUGAUACUGUCACCAAGAAAUUGCUGCUCCAACACAACAUGCUGCUGUCACUCCCCUUUGAAAUCACCAGGUUCUCCAGUCUGGUGAGCCUCGAUCUCUCCAAUAACAACCUCACUCACGUCAAUGACUUCCUCCUGCAGCUGCCAGACCUGCAGGCCCUCUACCUGCAGAACAACAACCUGGCGGAUGACGGACUACCUAAGGAGCUUCACACUCUCACCAAGCUCAGGGAACUCAACCUCAGUGGAAACAAGUUGACCCGAGUCCUGCCUCAGCUGUGUGAAGUAGUUGGGCUGCGGUACCUCUACCUGGGGGGCAAUGAGAUCACCGAGAUUCUGCCGGAGAUCAAGGCACUGCAAAGCCUUCAGGUCCUGCAUCUUGGAGGCAACCUGCUGGAGACUGUCCCUGAUGAGCUGGGUGAACUGCACCAGCUGGCGGCACUCAUCCUGUGCGACAACAGACUGCGCUCUCUGCCAAGGGUCAUCUCCAACCUCACUCGACUCCGCUCGCUGCUCCUGCACAAGAACAACCUGUGCUGCCUUCCUGUGUGCAUUGUCAAGCUCAGAGGACUGGCUGAGCUGAGUCUUCGUGACAAUCCCCUGGUCACAAGGUUCGUCAACUCCUGUGCCCGGGAAAUCAUGUACAACACUCCAAGCCUUCUGGAACUGGCGGCGCGGGUCAUCAAACUCAAGAAACUCCCAUACACAAGCGAAGACCUUCCACGCAAUCUUGUUCACUAUCUUUCAAGUGGCCAGAGAUGCGUCAAUCCCAAGUGCAAAGGCAUGUACUUCACGUCCUGUGUUGAGCAUAUCAAGUUUGUCGACUUCUGUGGUAUGUAUCGACUGCCCCUCAUGCACUACCUGUGUUCCUCUCGCUGCUCCUCGAAGACCCCAGACUACUACCGCGCCCUGUCUGAAUCAGAUAGCGAGGAGGACGAGCCGGCAGCCAGGAUGAAACGUGUCUUGCUGGGCUAAGUUGUCAGCCAGCAUGUGGGUUCAUCUCUUAGGAGUGCUGGUGGUGCCCUUAAGCCAAGCCAAAGUGGAUGCAAUUAUGAAGUGCUCCAUCCAAGCACAGAGAUUGGAGAAAUGUGGGUUUGUUAUGAUAUACAUUUUUUUUUUGUUAAUGCCUCUACGAGUAUGCAAAACCCAAAGCUGUAAUGUAAUCAAGCGUUGGAGCUUUAUUCUGAACUCUGAGAAAAUCCCUAAGUUGGUCAGCAAGUAAUAAGGGAGAGUAGCUUGACGGGGCAAGAUUAUUGGGUGGAGUGUGUUGUAUGGCCACGGUGGUUUGCCCUUCUCUGCUGAUAGUGUUCCCUUGUUAUGGACAAGAUUGUAUUAGUGAGUGUUAUAAAUACAAUGCUCCUAAUGAAAACACAAAGAGAAAGGAUUUGAUUUUGCAAAGAAUGUUGUUUAGAUAGUAGUCAGUAUUGACUUCCCAUUGCCUCCAGGAAUUUGGCUACCUGUACUCAACCAAAACAGUUGUCCUUGGAUCCUUGAGUGGCAGAACAUAAUGGCAGAUGAAAUAUGAAAUGAGGCCAAGUGAAGAGUGUUGGAGGUGCAGUAGUAGUGCUUAGGUUUUUUAUUUAUUAGGGGAGUAUGCAAACAUGGAAGGUACGAGUAAUGCAUGAGAGGGAAUGGUGGAAAGGAGUAAAUAAUAGAUAGAAGCUUUAGUCACAGCCAUUCCCUCAGUUAAGUUUGGGUUAAGUAAAAAGGAACAAAUCUUAUGAGGUCCUGCAAAGAUGGAUCUGGACAAAAAGGCAUGAUCAGUGGGCAUGUCCAUGGCUGGGCACACUUGAUGGUUGGGUCAGCCAGUGUAAUGCCUGUGUCUGUGUGGCAUGAAGUCACCAGGCAGUGUUUGGGGGAGUGAGUCAGGUAUUGCUAGUUCAAAGCUGCCAAAUGUGAACCUUUUUUUUAUUCAGCCAAUUUUUACACUAUGUUUUCUCUUCCUCCAUUCAUCAUCCUUUCGUAUUUGUGCUAUAGAACGUUGCUGCUGUUGAGUAUUUCUGCGUAAGAUGUCUGUUGUAUCACUCAGCAAUCUAUUGAUGUGAUAUGGCAAGCUGCUCAUCCAUCAGCUCUACCAUGUGGAUGACAUUCAUGGAUGUGCAUGGCAGAAGAGUCAGCUGCCCACCUGGCCUUGCCUAGCCUUGCAUCAACACCAAGGUGAUCUGAGGCAAAUCUGUGGCAAGGGAGCAGCACUAAAUGUAGGAGGGUUUACUCAAGUAGUUUAGGUCAAAGUGAAUUCUAUGAAAUGCUUGAAUUACUCAUGUUUUUCUUGUUUAGAGUUCUUUAUACAUUUAUUCUGUCUAGAGAUUAUUAUGCUUUUUUUUUUUUUUUUUUUUUUUUUUUUUUAGCUUAUCUGUGAUACGUUGUUGAAGAUAAUUGUUUUUUUGCUUCCCUUUACUGAUAAUGUAAACUUAACCAGCAGGAGUCAAGCCCAAAAUUGUUGUUCCCUUCAUAUAUAUUUUUAUAUCCACUGCAGCUUAUCUGUAAAUUGAAAGUCAAAGUUUACUUCAAGAACAAACUCUAAUGUGUAGAUUUUCUCUUAUUGUGUACACAAUUAAUGAGAGGCAAGAUGUAGUGUAUGGAGGAAGGAGGGUUGGAUGAAGGCUGUGGCCAGUGUCUGUAGAGGGAACUCCUCCUUAAUUAACUCACCCACCACAAGGAGGACCUCCCUCUGGGCUGCUCUGAAGGAAAGGCUUUCUUGAAACCUUUGCAAGGAUCCACCCCUGCUCAAGAUGGUGCAGUCCAGCAGCCCAGUACCUGUGAGAGUCACUCUCUCUCUCUCUCUCUCUCUCUCUCUCUCUCUCUCUCUCUCUCUCUCUCUCUCUCUCUCUCUCUCUCUCAGAUCUUUAUUUAAUUAUAUAGAGGCAGUGUACCUUCAGUAUACACACUGUAGUAAUCUUUGAUAUGCUAUUUAGAUUCUUUCUUACGUUUAUAAAAAUAAAUUGUGCAUAUGAAAUACUUUAUAUAUUACAUCAAAGAAAAAACAUCACUGCCAGUAAGGAAAACAUAUAUGAUGCUGCAUUUGGCUCAUUUAUGUUCAAGAAAAUAUGGUUCAGCUGUGGCAGAGAUGUGUCAGCCUUGGGGAGGGCCAGUGUGCCAUGUGGUGUGUCAUGUGUCAGUAGAUCCCAGAGGUGGGGUGGCAUCUGCUUGGAGACACUUCUUUGUCACUCUUUCUGUAAACACAAAUUCAAUAUUGCCAGUAUUGCAUUACAUCUCAAUUACAAAUGUGGCAGCAAGAUCAGAUUCAAUUAAACACAGACAGCAGCAGUAGCUUGUAUGUAACACCUCUGUGGUGUGGUGUGUCCCACUGCUCUGCUGAGAGUAACGUGUCACAGACAAGUGCCUGAGUGUUAAUCAGGUGCAGGGAUGGAUUUUCUGGACUGUAUUUUUGCUAAAUAAAUUUGUUAAUGGAU